AUGUGCUGAUAUGAGUAAAGGAGAUAUGGCAACCCAUGUCAGGGCAAAGGUUGGCCUCGGGGCUGAACUUGACAACAGUGCAUUACGACUGCUUCACGAGGGAGACUGCUGCUGAUUUGUUUUCAUUUUACAACCAAUUAUGGGCUCUGUGGGGCAGUUUUUGAUUGGUGUGGUGGUGCAGAUGGUGUCACUGGCUAUAUCAACAGUGGUGGUUGUGGGAUUGUUUUGGCGCAGAAUCACGGUGGGCAAGCAGUUUUUCCAGGUAAAAGCUCGCCCGACUCCACCAUCCAUCCUCAAUGACCCUCAGUGGGGUACACAUACUUACAUGAACCUAAAGGAGCAGGGUAUAAAACUGCACUAUGUUGAGGCUGGUGACCCACAAAAUCCACUCAUCCUCUUUGUUCAUGGCUUCCCUGAAUGUUGGUUCUCAUGGCGACAUCAACUUAAACACUUCUCCAAGAACUUUUGGGUGGUGGCUGUGGACAUGCGUGGCUAUGGAAACUCGGACAAGCCCUCAAAAACCUCACAGUACAAUACGGACCUCCUGGUUCAGGACCUCCGCCACUUUGUCAUUGCUUUAGGCAAAGAUAAAUGUACGUUGGUUGCCCAUGACUGGGGAGCAGUUCUGGCGUGGCGACUAGUCUCCCUCUACCCGGAAUUGUUUUCUUCCCACAUAUCCCUCAAUGGACCCCACCCUACUGCCUUCACCAAGUGCUUGAGGCAGUCAUUCAAGCAGAUUUUUAUGUCUUGGUAUGUCUUCUUUUUUCAAACACCUCUGGUUCCAGAGUUGGUGAUAAGGGCACAAGACCUGAAGGUAUUAGAGAAGAUGUUCCGUGGAAACAAUAAUAAUGUGGAGGCCUUUCCUGAUGAUGUCAUUGAAGCUUACAAAUACUACUAUUCACAGAAAGGAGCCCUCACCCCUCCCAUCAACUACUACCGUAACAUCAAAUUUGGUGAGCUUCAUCAGGUGUACCCAAAGAUUAAAGUGCCGACACUCAUCAUCUGGGGCACUGAAGACCUAGCUCUGAGCAAAUCCAUACCUAAACUGUCGGCAGAAGAGUGUGAAUCUUGCGAUGUAAAGUUUGUAGAGGGAGCCAGUCAUUGGGUGCAGCAGGACAAUCCAGACAUGGUGAAUGCAUUAAUUGACCAAUAUAUUGACUUGCACCAUGGCCAGAAAUUUUAUUGAGGUUAUUGCUAAGAUACCCUUUAACAUACAGUAAUUUGAUUCAAAACUGAAUUGUCACUUUGAUUUGGUAACAAGGAUUAUUAUUAUAAUUGAAAUAACUGAACUGUCACUUCCAUAACUAGGAUUAUUAUUAUAAUUGAAAUAACUAAGCUCUCACUUUCAUGACGAGGAUUAUUAAUAAUAUAAGUGAAAUAAUAAAUACUCUGAAAUUUGAA